AUGCAUAGUCAAGUUGAAUCUCAACGUUUUCAUUAUACACCAAGAAUACAUGCUCGUGAACGACCAUUACAUUGGUUUAUUAUAUUUAUAAGUUAUCUAUUUAUUUUUCUUCUUGUUCUUGAAUCAGUUGCAUUUAUUGUACUUGGUGCAUGGCAUUUAAGUAUUCCACGACUUGAAAAUAUUCUUGCAUUUUCUGAUAGAAUCUAUCGAAGAGAAUUAGCUUUUGGUAUUCUUCUCAUUAUUAUUGGAUCAUUAGGUAUUCUAAUUAGUAUUAUUGGUAUUAUUGCUACAAUUACAUUACGUGUAGCAGUAUUAAGAAUAUAUGCAUCAUGUUUAUGGCUUUUAAUGAUAUUUGGUAUAAUUAUUGGAAUUAUUGGUAUUAUAUUUGCAUCUCAAGUAGAUGGAUUUGAGGAUGAUGAUCGAUUACUUAAUCCAAAUUUAGUUGAAAAAAAUUAUCAUGAAGAAAAAUUUUUAUUAGGUAUGAAUGGAGGUUUAACCUUAUUUAUGAGUUUAACAAUGCUUGUUGGUAUUAUUAUUAUUCAUUGUUUGAUUGGUGAUGUAAAUCAUUCAAACGGUCAUACUUAUGUUCGAUCGAAAUAA